AGAUUUACAUCAGACAAGCAGAAGUAGGAGUCAAACACCAGCAGCAGCAGUAGCUUCAGUCAGAGUGUGAGUGUGUGUUUGUGUGAUAGAAGGAUAAAUCUUACUGUCUGUAUUUCGCGUUUUUGCGAGUCGAAAUGCAUCCGGUGAGUGUUUCGAUUCCGUCGUUUCGUUCUGAAAACAACUCAAUCGAGAAAGGAUUCACGGUCUUUAAAAUCGACGUGUUGAUGAACGGCAGACAACAUGCUGUCGAGAAACGCUACAGUGAAUUCCACACUUUACAUAAAAUGCUAAAGAAGAGUAUAAAGCCUCCUGAGAUGCCUUCUAAACAUGUUAGAAACUGGGUUCCCAAAGUCUUGGAGCAGAGGAGACAUGGUCUGGAGCUCUACCUGCAGGCUAUAAUUAUGGAAAAUGAGGUCCUUCCAAAGAUAUUCCUGGAUUUCCUGAAUAUCCGCCACUUUCCUUCGGUGCCAAAAACAGAAAGCUGCGGGUCGUUUGAUACAGAAUCAGAGGAAUCCAGUAAACUUUCCCACCAGCCUGUCAUGCUGUUUCUGCGAGACCCGUACCUGCUGCCAACCGCACACGACGCGUUUUCUAAUGUUGUGAUCGACGGUGUGGUGCAUGGAGUUUUCUAUCCCGACCUUCAUCCAAGGUAGAGCUGAAGAAGAAGAAGAAGAAGAGCUUCCUCUGCAAACAGAGGCUUCAUAUACAUAUAUAUAUAUAU